AUGGCGAACGGCAACCGUGUUAGCGGUUCUUUGGAUUUCAAUCCAUAUGAAGUAUUGGGUGUUGAUGAAAAAAGCACAGAUGCUGAAAUUGUGAAAGCGUUUCGGAAGGCUGCACUCAAGUGGCAUCCUGACAAGAACCCAGAUCGAAAACAGCAGGCUGAAGAUAUGUUCUUGAAGAUUUCUCGAGCUCUUGAACUGCUAACAGAUGCCGCAGCCCGGGCUGCUUAUGAUGGUGUUUGUGCCGCGAGAACGGCACGUAAAAUCUUUGUUCAGCGGAGAGAACAGAGAGAAACCGAGAACCGACGGAGACUGAGGGAAGAGUUGGAAAGGCGUGAAGCUCAAGCGUUCUCGUCGCAACAAGAUGAAAAGCUUGCCGAGGCAAAAUUACAAAAGGAGGUUGAACGAUUGAGAAAAGAAGGGUCGGAUAUGCUGCGUCGUGAACGUGAGAAUAUUGAGAGAGAAUUACGUCGAAAGCGAGAUGCUUUUGUAGCUGCCAAGGCAUCGAGCUCUGCGCAGUGUUCGUCGUUUACUUAUAACACUUUUUGGAUAUGCAAUAUUUUCAUAAUAUAUGAUAUUUUGUCAUUCACAGUCAAAGGAAUGGAUGCUGAGGCACGUUUGCGGUUGAAGUGGAAACGAGGCCGAAAUAACUGCGAUUAUGAUGAAAAGAAGUUGAGAAACAUUUUUGAGAAGUAUGGACAAAUAUCGGCUCUUGUAAUGUCAUCAUCAGGAAAAGGUUCAGCAAUAAUCGAAUUCGCUGAUGCCAAACACGGUUUAGAUGCAGAGAAUGAAACAGGAGACUUGGAUAAUCCCUUACGGAUAUCGUGGAUUUCUGAAAAACCUGAUCCAGAAACUUGUAUAAGCUCGUUAAAUUUCGAAGAGAAAAGUACUAGCACCUCGAAUGUGUCAUCUAAUCUACACAAUAGCGAUUUGAAUUUAGCAAAGAGUUCAUCCCAGUUUGCCGAUUUCGAAGCAGAAAUAUUAGCAAAAAUGACGAACACGAGUGGUAUUGCAAAGAAGCAAACAUCAGCUGAUGGAUCAGCGAGUAAAUUCGAUGACAUUUAG